CAACUGUGAGGUGGUUUAGUGAUUGGAGGCAGCUCCUGAUCAGGUUUGCAGACUUUUCUUCAGUAUUUCAACACUUUUCUUAUUUUUAUGUCUGAUAAUCGAGUUAAAUAAGAUUCGCGGCUUCUUUCGUGGUUCAGUUUGAGAUUUUUCUGCAGAAACUCGUCUUUCCUCCGUCAGCAGCGAUGAGUGACAGCGACGACGACGUUCCCACGCUGUCGGCUCACACUCUGGCCGCCCUGCAGGAGUUUUACAACGAGACCAGAACUGAACCGGAUCACAGCAGCUCGACGACGGACCAGUUCACUGUGGGAGCUGUGGAGGAGGACUGGCGGAUGAGUCAGUUCUGGUACAGCGAUGAAACAGCGACUCAGCUGGCUGAGGAAGUCGUACGAGAAGCAGGAGAAGGAGGCAGGAUCGCCUGUGUCAGCGCUCCCAGUGUUUACCAGAAGCUGAAGCAGAACGUUGUUGACGGUUCAGGCCGAGUCUCCGCUGUCGUGUUGGAGUACGACCGACGCUUCGCCGCCUACGGAGACGACUUUGUCUUCUACGACUACAACGAGCCGCUGACUCUUCCGUCCAGCAUCGCUCCGCAGAGCUUCGACGUCGUCCUCGCCGACCCUCCUUAUCUGUCUGAGGAGUGUCUGAGCAAAGUGGCCCAAACCAUCAAACACCUGAGCAAAGGGAAAGUGCUGCUUUGUACAGGAGCCGUCAUGGAGAAUCUGGCCAAAGAACUUCUGGAUCUGAAAAUGUGCAGCUUUCUGCCGAAACACAACAGAAACUUGUCCAACGAGUUCCGCUGUUUCGUCAACUAUCCGUCACCACUGCUGUCCUGCUGAAGAACCAGAGCUCAGUGGGAUUAACGCUUUAAUUAUGAGACUGAUGGAGGCGGAACAUCACACAAACAUUGACCAGCUGUUUUCUCCAGAUACUGAGGAGUGAAAAGACCACUAAGACCUGCAGCAGAAGUUAAGAAAUUUAGCAAUUUUCAUUUUUUAGGCAAAAAUGACGAACAUUUAAUGGUUCCAGCUUCUCAAAUGUGGAGACUUUUCUUUGUUACGCGGCACUAAACAGGAUAUUUUGGGAUCACUCUGGAAAAUUAUAACAAGCGUCUUCCUCUACUGUCUGACAUUUUAUCAAGAAAUUAUUGAUUAAUCAAGAAAACUGAUUAUUAAAAUUACUGUCAGUUCAGACUCACCAACUACAAAUGAACUAUGUUUGUUGGUGAACAAACACUUGGUUACAGAAACAAAUUUAACUUGAAAAUAUUUAUUUUGAUGUGUAAUUAAAGUCAAUAAUACAGAAAAAACACCAGUUAUGAGCGGUUUGUGCUUCUCCAGUGUAAUGAGUUCUCAUUUGUUUCUAAUUUAUAUUAUUUUUAAAUAAAUACAUUCCGUUUUGAAUGCUGAUUUAUCAAAAUAAACCAUCUGUGUCACUAUU